AUGAGAAUAACAUGGUGUCAAGCAUUUCUUGGAGUAGCCUUUAUAGCUUUACUCAACCGCUCAAAAUUGAAAGUCAGCUGCGAGACCGGUACGUAUUAUUUCAUUUAAAUAAUGACUAUUGGCUCUAAAAAUUGGUCACUCAGUGACUAGUGUUAUAUCCUUCCUUACUUGGCGAUUUCGUGUUUUAGAAAUACUCCUGGACAGGAACCAAAAUUCGUCGUGGCACUGGCUAACACGUCUCGAGUUUGGACCGUGGAGUGGGGUAAGUGUUUUGCACGUUAAGACGAAAAGAAAUAAAGGCCUUAAAACUACAAGCAGGUCACUUAGUGUGUUGCCCAGAGAAGGUCAUGUCCGAUUCGCAACUUUGAUCUUACGAUCUAGUUUUUGUCAGUCUUGUGAUGCUUAUCAAACCAACAGAAAUCAAAUAUAUUAAUAUGCACUGGCAGAUAAUUUUUUCGACCUUUAUUUUUUUCCAAUAUACUAAAAAAAUAGUAAGAAUAUGUAGGGGGGAAAACAUGAAAAUUUUGCAAGGUAAACACCAGGAAGACAAAUAGAGGGAAAUUUGAUUGUUUUUUUUUUUUUUUUUUUUAGUAAAGCGUUGUUUCCGUCAGUAUGAAGUUCAAGCUAGAAUUACUUCUUAGCAACGACAUUUGGCGGCCCACCAACCACACAACUGUAAGACGGGAAAUUUACAUUAGUUCGACUGCCUUUGUAGUAGCUUUUGAAGUUUUGUGAUGACCGUGAAAUGUCCUGAGAUUUAUAGAGAUUUUCAAUAUCGCUUUAAUAUGGCUAAUUAUUUACUUUAAAACAAUAUUGCCUUAUAGGUCACUGAUAUAGUAUCGCUGGAGUAAACGCCAGGUUUAAGGGCUUAAUAUAUAUUCUCAGCAGAUUUAAGUUAUUUAUUAUACAUACCAAUAGAUUGUGUAGAACAUUUCAAUAAAAAAAUUAUAAGCGUGACUGGACAUCACAAAGGCAAGAAAACGACAUUAAUAUUUUGUUCACAUUGAGCGAUACAACAAAAUGUCAACACGGCAUGAAUUCAUCAAGGAUUUCGCAGUAUAGAAUAAAAUCAUAACAAACCGUAACUGAAGAAAUAAGCUUACAUUAUACUUGAUGGUAUAUUUGGCCUGUGGAACUACUGCAUGCGAUCGUAGGGACUUCUUCAAAAAGAGAAGAUUAUUAAGUAAAGCUAUAAAGGGAAGCAAGCAGUCCGAUUUAAGCUCAUUUGUUUACUUUUAUAAUAAAAAUACAUAAUGAUUUGGGUUGCUUUAUUUACAUUUAUUUGCAAACGACGUCAAGCACUGUCAAAUGUGUAUUGAACGUGUGCACACGUACAACACUGAGCACACCUUAUUGCUUACGAAAGGUAAAAAGACCUCCUCGAAUGUUUAAUCUGAGUAAUUAAAGCCCACCCUCGUACUAUUGUUGCGUUUUGAUCAUGUUAGAAAACCGUGCGGUUCAAGCAUUGUAAUGUUCACAAAAGCAUCAGCUGUAAUAUGUACAAUUGAAACGAAAAUGUACUUUGAAAAAGGUAAUGAAGUUUGGAAGCAUUGUACGGUGGUUAUCCUCAGUGUAUAAUAGGUAUUAGCUGAAUGGUGAUGAAGGCAUGCCUUGCUCAUUUUGUCUACCAAGGCAUGCAAGCAUUUUUUUUUUUUUUUUGAACUAUCACUUCUAGCGUAAUCAAGAUUACCGAAACUAUAUGAUAAGAAAAAAAAAGACAAAAAAAGUUUAACAUUGAAUACCGAAAGAGAUGGAAGAGAUGACGCAUAGAAUUGGAAACUUGUUUUCCUAAUCACUGUACUGUACAUAUAACGAUUACAUUCCUUAGCUAUCUGUACAAAACGUCACUGAAUACGUGUACUCCCGAAGCUAACUGAUUACAAAGCCUUAUAUAUUGUACGCAUCAAAGUACAAAGAAAAGAAAUCGAAAAGGGUAUUUGAAUGUAGAAAAACGAAACCUCCAGCUUCAAUAAUGCCACGAAUAAAGAAUGGUUUAACUGAGCCAAGAAUUGGAGUAUAGGAAUGUAAUGUGCCAGUACUAUAAGCUUUUAAGUCAACAAAUUACUUUGCAAGGCUAAUAUUUGCCUUGCACAAGGCACGUGCAGUCCUGUAAGCACAUUUAAGGAAUCAAAAGAAAGAAUCAUUCAAUGCCCAUCUCAAUCAUGUUACCGUAAUUAUUUGAUAUCUUUAGGACGGCACCAAGGUAGCUGAAAAACUCUCUCCGGUGAUAAUGGUUAUGACGCAAAGAACCGGAUUAGAUAUAUUGGUACUUGAUACGUUUACAGGCACACGUACAGGUUCUAGUUUGAAUAUACGACAACGGUUAUAAUUAAAGAAACAGCUGUGUCUUUAAUAGUACGUGUUGUGGUAACGUAAAAGUAACGACAGCCUAGUAUGACAUACAAAUCUAGGAAUCUACAGCUGCAGGCGACAAAAUGGGAAGUUGAAAACAAUUUGUCCAGAACAAAAGAUAUAUCGAACUAGGGAAUUUUUCAUAAACGUUGUUCAUUUGAGCACGGAUGCCUUGAAGUUCAAUUGUCAGCAUAAAAGACGUCUAUGCACAUAUCACGUUAAAUUCGGAGACCAAAAAUUUAUUUUACAUUCUAGGAUAAAUGAAGCAUACCUUGAUUGGGUUCUACAGUUGGGCAAAAACUUUUAAUUAAAUUUUACAUUAUAUACCUUUUAAUGCGGCGUUUUUGUGCUGUGGGCAACCGAUACCCCCUACAUAGCCUAAAAUAAGGCAAAAUAAUUCCAAUAGAGUUCACGCGCUCCUUUUUGAUUUUUUUUUUUUAUGACGAAGCCCUCGGUGUAACGGACGAUUUUGUUUACCCCGGUAAUAGUUAAACAUAUGGAAAAGUAUCCCCCUAUAACGCCGAGUUUAAGUCCCUUAGUACUGCGUCAUAUUCCGAGGUUUCACUGUAUUCACAGCAGGAGGUCUGAUUCACAGGGACUUCAGUACCCUGGUACUGACAUCGGCUCGUUUCCGUUGAUCCAAAAUCGCCACGAUGUUUGAGUUGAAUUCAAUCGCGCCUCCGAUGAACAUUUCAUAUAAUUUUUCGGGGCCGUCUUGUUCGGCAAACCUCAACAGUCUCAUUUAAAAGUUCAACUCAGCAGUGUUGGAAUUUACAGUGUUUUCGUAGCGUUUUCGAUAAUGUGUUGGCAGUUUAUUAAGUGAUAUAGACAUUGCCAAUGCUACUAUUUAGUAUGAGCUGCGGAAUUUAUAAUACACUUCACUCAAUUAUUAUUAUUAUUAUUAUUAUUAUUGUUUGUUUAUUUAAAAUCUUCCUUUACUUGGCCAUUAGGUUUGAAACGAAAUUUGAUAUUAGGUACAGUAUUUUACUUUAAAAUGCGCAUGCUCAUUCAGCACUCGUAUUCUCUCCGUUGCCAAUAUACUGCAACGUCUAACUAAUUGGCUUGAAUGAAGGUUUUAAUCAUUGUAAAUAGCCAAAUUGAAACCACUUACAAGUUUUGAAUGCCCCUUAAAUAGGGUAUAAGGACAAUAGUGGGUACAAAGAACCAAAUCUAUAACAUCUGAGCCACUUCGACAGAAAAUAAAAGGAUAUGGCUCCAUGGUGUCUAUAAUAAUUGUUACCGUCGAAGAUAGUUGGCGCCAGAAUGAUAUAGGGAGUGUCAGUUUGCGGCUUUUAAACUAGAUUAAGAUGCACCGGUUUUUAAGUGGUUUGAUUGUAUUGGAAACCGUCCGCAAAGAGGCUAAAAGCAUGUGAGCUAAAAUAAGUUGUUCUAUAGCAAGCAAUUAUCGACGAAAUUGUCAUUUCGUUCGGAAAAAUAAAAUAGGGUAAGCUUUUCAAAACGAAACAGUGAGUGCGAGGAGCAGCUAGGGCAUGUAAUUGUCAUAAACAUACUUUUUUGAUACGGGCACUAACGAUUCUAAAACUUGAAGUUUAAGCCAUUAAAAAAAAUUUGCUUCUCAGAGGACCCUGGUGCAUUGUCGAAAUGGGAUUUUAGCUCGUCUUGGAAUUACCUAAAACAAAACAACAAGGAGCAACUUAAGUGCUAGUGCUCUUAAACUUGAAUUUUAAGGUGGCUCCGAAUCCACCUUAUAACAAUUAAGUUAAAGAUUGACUCUAUGAAAGAACUUUUCGGAAUGAAAUUUUCUGAAACCUGAGAGUAGAGGUGUUUCUAAAAGGUUACUGUACUGUAUUUAUUGUAACUUCUUACACCAAGAAUACAGUAGACUGCCGAUAGCUCGAAACUUUUAAAGGAAAUUGAAAAAGUUCGAGUUACUGGGAAUUCGAAGCAAAUGACCGGAAAUAAGGAAAUAAGAAAAUGGGUGGGGAGGGAAUGCAAGUACCAUACACACUUCAUCACUUCAAGGGCAGCAAGAAUCCGAGUAGAUUGAACAACAAAGCUUGACUGGGACCGGCUCUGAGUAAAGACAAAGAAUUGACACAGCUCGACAAGUUUGUUUUGAAAUAAAUUCAGUGUUUCGGCAGACUUCAGUAUACUGUUUUUGUUUUUGUUGUUGUUGUUGUUGAUUUCUUUUUUGACUUGCCAAGUGGUUAAAAAAUGGUUCGAGUUAUCGAGGCUAAAAUUAUAUAGAAAUUUUCUGAAGGGAAAUGAAAAUUACUUCGAGUUAGCGGGGGUUUCGAGUUAUGGGAAGUCGACUGUAUUGCCAUACUUUACUGACACACGAUGCGAGGGUAAUUUCGUUUUCAAAAACCUACUUAAAAAUAAAUCUGGUUAAGAUAAAUUUGCAAAAAUAUCCGGACAACAACUAAGAUGGCAGUAUUAGCUGACAUUUCUCUUAACGGUUGAAGUUUUGCUGGCCUUAAUCAUGGCGCUCCUUUCAUCUCCGUUUAAAAGCUUCCCUGCCUGCCUUUUAGUAAAAAACUGAAAUACUGAAAACAUUCAAACUGAAAACAUUCAAACCUACUGAGUAGCAUGAUAAUACUCUUUUUUCUCUUAAUUUUAUUACAGUGGUCGCGUGGUGGUGAAAGUGAAGGUUACAGUGUUUGCGAUUUAUCGGAAACGCUAAACAACCACACAAAUAGCUGGCUUGUCUCUGAAUACAUUGAUCUACAAGGAGCAAACGAAGUGCAUUUAAAUCUUUUGUUCACAAUCAGACAAUGUCCAUCGGGGUUUCUCUACUGCAAGCAUGCUUUCACCGUUUUUAAACUACAAACAAAUGGACCUGAAAUAGGUGGAAUCACCAAGAACGACGUUCUAACGGGAAAAUUCAGUCAUGUGCAAACUGUUAAUGCAACCCAUGUCUGGACACCUGGGGCUGUCCCACGCAUGAACCAGGCAAACAUAAACCUGGCUGUAAAUGGUCGAGGUGUUUAUCUUGCAUUUCAAGACACAGGAGCCUGCCUAUCACUCGCAUCAGUCGUUGUAUCGUACACGUACUGCCCCAGUGUGAUAAAACACGGCGUUCUCUUUAACAAAACUUCAGCUCCUCAAUCCAGCGUACAUAACGUGACAGUUCAAGGAACAUGCUCUAGUGGAGCCUCCCCGUAUCCUAGCAACAGCUUACUUGCAGCGACAUGUCUUAGUACAGGACAAUGGGUGAAGGACGAUAAAAUCACUUGUCUUUGUACUGCAGGAUACGAGCUAGCUGGCAAUACUUGCGCUGGUAAGAUGAUAAUGGCCAUUUUUAUACAAGUGUAAGUCAAUGUUAAUCAGACAAGAGAGUCAUCGUUCAAUCAAGUUAUUUAUUCGUUUCCGAGUACAGUUACAGCGGUUACCACACACGCGCCCUCAAAGGGUUUUUUCUUCGGUUCAAACCUGCGGUUUGGUGGACGUCAAUCGACCUUUACCAUGGUCUUCACGCGUUGGCCCAGAGAAGAUUUUUUCUCCGUUUCUCAGGCACUCGGAGGAAAAUGUCGGCGUUUAAGUCGUUUUUGCAAAAUUUUGCUACAGGAUCUGACACCGCUUAAAGUCAAGAUUACCAGGGGUACGAAUUUGUUGAGUGUUUGUCGAAGAAAACUCAAAUUUUCGACUUAUUUAAACACUGUAAGUUACAAUCACAUUAAGCUUUCUCAAUACGCGCUUAAGGAUUCUAUUUGAUAACAUGAAGAAUCAUAAGUAGCUAGAUCUUCAGGUUACAAAAUUCAUUUUCGAAAACAGGAUCUGUUCAGAGGAAACCUUUGUCCCUUGUUGGUGUGAUAUAUUUCGUUUCUUUGAAUCUAUGUCCCUUGGCAUUAAAAAGAGCGCGUGUUAGUGGUAACCGCUGUAAUUAAAAUUGUUAAUUAAAUCCUACUAUAGUUAAUUAAAACUGUUUUAGAAUCAUACUCAUUUUUUUGUUUAAUUAACCCCUCCUUCUUAAGCAGCCAAAUCCAACUAAUUCUUUAACAUUUAAGUCAAACGCUCAACAACUUUUCUAUUAUAAUUCAUCAAUAUUGACCGUCAGUAGUAGAAUAAAAGAAUACGUUUAACUUCGAACAAAUGACGGCGCAAAAAGUCAAAAGUGAGGCUACUUAUAAUUAAAAGUUGGAAGAUCUCAAACGAUAGCACCUCAUCGAAUCUGAAAAAACUCUUGAUAUCAGUAUUCGGCUCCAUUUAAUAAUAAACUAGCAGAUUAAAAGAUAAAAAAUUCCCAUUACCACUUUAACUUCACAGAAUGCGAAGCAGGUUAUUACAAGGAUUCAGUUGGCAACGGUCAAUGCGUCACGUGUCCUUCAAGUAGCUUAUCUACUCCAGGUCAAGGCUCAUGCUCUUGCGAAAAGGGGUUCUACAGGGCACCUCAUGACCUCACUAACGACAGCUGUACAGGUAACUAUUAUCCAAAAAUGAAUAAUUAUUGUAAAUUUUAAUAUAUAUCUUUAGUUCAAUUAAUAUGCUUGUUUGAGAUUCAGUGGGGUUUCUUGACCACAGCAAUAAAAUCUCUCCAGUGGUACAUGUAUAUAACUUGUGGUAUGUCUUAUUCUGGCUGAACAAGGUAAUUAGUACACUCGAUUCUUAUAUAAAAAUUCAACUUUUAAAUUCUCCUACAAAUUUUGGUUCUCUCAAUCCAGUGACUGUCAGGACAAGCCCAAGCGCUUUGAAAGAAAUAUACAUUUAGUUUCCCCUCUGGAGAAACGAUUCGGGCUAAUAGACUGUGAACUUUUUCGACAGCUCCUCCUUCAGAGCCAAGAAACAUCAAUAUAACAGUGGUAGCAGACAGCAUUGUACUGGUAACAUGGUCCCGCCCAGUAUCUGACGGUGGACGCGAAGAUGUCAAGUACCACGUGCGUUGCAGCGCAUGCUCAAAUAAAGGUUCCUGCUUAGAAAAAUGCUCAGGGGUACAGUUCUGGCCAUCACAGAUUGAUCUUACUACGACUCAGGUCACGAUAUCUAAGCUAAAAUCUUCAGUGCUUUAUAAUAUAACAGUUACUUCGAAGAAUGGAGUCAGCGAUCAAGCUGGAAUCUGGUCACUCAAGUCGUUACAUAAAACCUUCUCCUUGAACGUGGGAAUGACCACUAAUCCACCAAGCACAUCUACAAUAAAGACCGUUGAAUCAAACGUGAAUCUUACCAAGGCAGAUGGUAAGUAAGAGAACAACUUAGGAUCGUCAUCUCUCGCUGUCUAGCUGGCCUCCUCUAGUGAGGAAUGCCAUAUAUGGGCUAUAUAGGUAUGUGCCGCUGUAGAGGGUAUGGUUUUCAAGCAGUGUACUCUAGGAUAGGGUAUAUACAACAGAGCUUUUGGGUCUAGAAUAGGGUAUCAUUUUUUUAGGAAACUGAUCAGUUGGCUAGAGAUUUUAUCCAGACUAGGGAUUGUGGUAUAAGGUUUUGUUUUGGCUAAACUGAAACCAACUCGAGGCCUAAUUCAUCUACAAGUAUCGAAUGGCUACCUUUGAAGAGAAAAAGCGGGUUACCUGCUUUGAACUGGAAAAACCCUAGGGCUAUUUCUCCAAUGUUAAUCCCACAUCAGGAAAUAAGGAGUAAAAAAUCAGCGCCACCCCUAGACGAGAGACUUUACAACCGUUAGUAGGAUUCCGGAUUCCUUAGGCUGUAUUCCGGAUUCCAAAGCUUAGGGCCGGGUUGUUCAAAGCUGGGUUAAGAUAACCUAGGGUUAGUAAAAAAUGAAUUCAGAUGUGAACGCUUAAGAAGCAAAUUCAGUUUAAUUCUUUUUGUGUACAAUUUGAUGAUUGGAUUCUCUAAAAAGAAUACAGAAAAUUAUCCGAGCAAAUGCUUUUGAACUAAAGAUAAAGAAAUCCGGAUUAAAAUUUAACCCCGGGUUAGCGCUAAUCGGCCUUCGAACAACUGGGCCCAGGAUUCUAGAUUCCACGAGUAAUAUUUUCCCAGAUCUCGGAUUCCACAAGAAAAAAUUUCCCGGAUUCCGGAAUCCAGAUUCCCUUACACGGGGCGAUAUUGUUGUUGCUUAAUUUGCUUUUCAAAGAUCAAUAUUAUAACGACUGUUGAUUGACACUAUUGACUGAUUACUCAGGGGCACUCAACGUCAAUUUUCGGAAAAUAUCUGUUCGGAAGACGAUUUGAGAUCUAGAAUUUUCGAGACAUUUGUUGUGAAAUUUCUUGCUUGCCUGUCUCUACUGGGGCUUUCAAACAUCUUUAAAAAAAAUGGUAUAAUUGCCCCUUUUUAACGGUUUUUACCUUAAAGGGUCACCUAGAGUUUCGGGAGCCUUUUUUCUGGCUGUAAUUUUCGAAAAGGUAAGUUUUGAUCCUUAUAAUUCUCGGAUCACUAGACUUUCAGCUAGGAAAUCCGAACAGAUGAAGAAUUUUUAAGGGAUAAAAAUAUGCCCAUAAAUUCCGUUUAAAUACUAAAAUACGUUUAACAAUGCUAUGUUUAAGUGGUUUUAAACUAUAUUCUCGUUGGGUGCCCCUGUUUACUAAAAAGUUCUAGAUUAGAAAAACUAGAGUUGUCCCUCGCGCCAUCUUCAAAAAUCUCCCAGUGCGCGAAGCCUUUGGAAUUGUUGGUUUGUUUUGAAAAAGUAAGAAAACUAAGUCCAAGUUUUACUUGUUCUUAUUUUACAUUCUUCUUGAAACUUCGAAAAGAUAAGGACAAAAAUAGACUUCACUUUUUUUAUUCUCUGUAGGAACGACGGCCCCUGGACAAGGAACUGCAAGUGCCAAUGUAGCUGCAGCUGUUGGUAUUUCUGUGUCAGUUACCUUCCUUUUGUGCUUUAUUGUGGCCGCCAUUAUUAUCUUCCUAAUGAUGAAAUCCUUUAGAAGAAAGCAUGUUAAGCAACAAAGCGAAGAGAACUCAGUCACGCAACUUUUAGAUAUUUCAAGAGAGGGAUCUCCUGUUAAAAGAAUCCGAUCAAUGACAGCCACUACAGAGCUAUCAGAAUGUGACAGCAAACCUGACCUGCAAGAUGAAAAACAAGAUACUGUACCUUCCAUAAAUAUUUACGAUGCGAAUUCUAAUUCAAAGCCUAACCCUCUCAAAAACAGCGUCUGGCUUCCUUCUAAAAGGUUUUCUCUUAGUACAAAUCCUUCUGUACUCAAGGAAAGUGGCAGUAAAGCAGAGUUACAAAGUGAAGCUAAUCCUGAUUCUGAAACCAACUCGAGGCCUAAUUCAUCUACAAGUAUCGAAUGGCUACCUUUGAAGAGAAAAAGCGGGCUGCCCGCUUUGAACUGGAAAAACCCUAGGGCUAUUUCUCCAGUGUUAAUCCCACAUCAAGAAAUAAGGAGAAAAAAAUCAGCGCCACCCCUCGAUCUAGGGGACAGUGCUUCGUCUAAUACUCUAAGUCCUCGAAAACCCCCGGAGGGUUCUGAAAUGCACAAAACAGAUCGCAGUCCUUCGGUAAACAGUUGGUUUCCUGCUGAGGAAAUACAAUUCAAUGUCUAA